GGGACCCAAUGGGCGGCGGGCUUGGCGCGGCUGCGCAGUGGGAGCUGGCGGUGCGGCGCGGCGGGCCGGAGGCGGCAGGCAGCUAUGGAGCCGGGAUACGGGGGCUACGGCGCCUGGAACACCGGAGCCACCAACACCCAAGGUACCUACGCGACCAACGCGGCCAGUUGGCAAGGCUAUGAAGGCUACGACUACUACAACACCCAGACCACCGCCGCCAACACCGCGGCCACCUACAACUACGCGGCGGCCGGCUCCGGCGGCUGGGACGCCCCCAAGGCCUCGGAGCUGAGCCUGAGCGCCGAGGUGGGCGGCGCCAUGGCCGUGCCCUCCUACGGCGCCGAGGCGGCGGCCGCCAACGAGAACUCCGACUCCAUCAUCGCCAAGAUCAACCAGCGCCUGGACAUGCUCUCCAAGGAGGGCAGCGGCGGCGCCGGGGAGGGCAUGGACGACCAGGAGGGCUCCUUCCGCUUCGAGUCCUUCGACUCCUACGACUCCAGGUCCUCCCUGGGCGACCGGGACCUGUACCGCUCCGGCUACGACUACGGCGAGGGCGGCUCGGAGCGCGCCGACUCCUUCGGCCAGUUCGACUCCCGCCGCGACCAGGCCCGGCCCCGCGGCGCCAACUACGGCCUGCUCCGCGCCCGCGCCCAGAGCCGCCUGCAGCCCCGCGGCCGCCUCAACGCCGCCUUCAGCCGCCCCGAGCCCUUCAUGGCCUCCUCCAGCUCCGAGAGGCUCUCGGCGCGCUGGAACGAGCUGAACUACAUGGGGGGAGGGCGCGGGAUGGGGGGCGCCGGCUCCGGCCGCCUGCCCUCCCUCUUCUCCCAAGCCCUGGUUCCCGACUACGGCGACUACGGCGACUAUGGCGACUACGGUGACUACGGAGACUACGGAGACUAUGGUGACUAUGGAGACUACGGCGACUAUGGCGACUACGGCGACUACGGCAUGAUGGGGAUGUCGGGCAUGGGCAUGGGGCGCUACGGCAACGUGCCCUACGGCAUGGGCAGGCAGCGCAACAGGGACAGGAUGGGCACCGCGCCCUGGCAGAUGAACACCAUGGCGCCCAAGCGCAGAGGCUUCCGGAGCCGCGCGGGCGGCCGGGCGGAGGCGGAGGCCGGCGGCCGGAAGCGGAAGCAGUCGCAGAGCGGCGAGGAGCCGGACAGCAAGCAGGCCAAGAGCGACAGCGAGGGGGACGACACCGAGAACGAUGAUGGUGAAGGAGAGGACAAGUCUGGAGAUGAAGCUGACAAAGCCUCUGGAGAUGGCUGUGAGGAUGAUGAUGAGGAGGUGAAGAAGAAGAGGGAGAAGCAGCGGAGGAGGGACCGGAUGCGUGACCGUGCCAUGGACAGGAUCCAGUUUGCCUGCUCGGUCUGCAAGUUCCGCAGCUUCGAGGAGGAGGAGAUCCAGAAGCACCUCCAGAGCAAGUUCCACAAGGAGACCUUGCGCUACAUCGGCACCAAGCUGCCCGACAAGACCGUGGAGUUCCUGCAGGAGUACAUCGUCAACAGGAACAAGAAGAUCGAGAAGCGGCGCCAGGAGCUGACGGAGAAGGAGGGCACCAAGCAGAAGCCAGACCCCUUCAAGGGCAUUGGCCAGGAGCACUUCUUCAAGAAGAUUGAGGCUGCUCACUGCAUGGCCUGCGACAUGCUGAUCCCUGCCCAGAACCACCUGCUGCAGAGGCACCUCCGCUCCGCCGACCACAACCGCAACCGCAGGAUGGCUGCAGAGCAGUUCAAGAAGACCAGCCUGCACGUGGCCAAGAGUGUCCUGAACAACAAGCACAUCGUGAAGAUGCUGGAGAAAUACCUCAAGGGAGAAGAUCCCUUCACGGACGAGAUCGCCGACCAGGACGUGGACGAGCCCUCGGAAGGCGGCGGUGACGGCGCCGCCGAAGCCGCCGGGACCGCCGCCGAGGCCGCCGGCGCCGCCGGGGCCGAAGCCCCUCCGGAAGCGGAAGGCGGAAGCGCGGAAGCUGCGGGAGCUUCCCAGGACCCCUGCUGA